AAACGUUCUUGUAUUCUCCUUCUGAAUUGGAUUACUUCCAAAAGAGGGAGAGAUGGAGAAAACGCAAGAAGAGCAAAAUCCAAAGCAAUCUCAAGAAUCCAAAUCUCUUGUUUGGGAUUGUGAUAGCUCCCUCUACGAUUCUUUCGAGCUAAAAUCAUUCAAACGCCAGCUGGAUUCCGCCAUUGCUUCCAGAAGCCUAUCGAUGGCGCGCGAGGUGGACCGUCCGCAGCUUACGACAUCAAAAAGAUCUUCCAAGAUUUCUCGAUCUCUUCACAAGCUCCUCCGUUCGGUCUUCCGACAAAAACCCGCCUCCGAUCCGCUUGUCCGCAUGGAUGACCGGUCGGAAGACGGGUUCUACGUCGUCUAUCAACGGUCCGGCGGGCCCCUAGGAACUAAAGGCGAUGACUCCGUCGCAAAUUUACCGGAAUUCGAUUUGCUGGUGAGAAGAACCAAGUCGGAACGAUUUACCGAUGCUGCCGCCCUCCGUAUACCUUGCGUUUGAGGACGAUGAUUCUCCGACUUCGUGAUGGAAUAUUCCGUUUGCAUGGUGUAAGAUUCCGGUAUUUAUCCGUUGGUGUGUGUGUUGUAACUUUUGUAACAGUUUAGUGUAGUUCAAUGUUUUAUUAUAGUGAGAAUUUAUGUGGGACCCAACUGGCAGUGGGGCACUGGAUAGGAGGGAUUUGGCCAUGGACAGCACAUGAUACAAUAUCAUCUUGAUUUGGCUGAUGGAUGGUAAGACCAUUUUUUGAUCUUACCGUCCGUUUUAGAUGCCUUAAUUGAAUGGCCGUGAUCACCCAAUCACAGUUACGAUUGGAACAUGUGCAAUAUACCGUUGGUUUUUUUUUCCUGUCCAAUGGUCUUUGUUAAUUAUAGAUGGGCUAACUGGGCCCCACAUGAGAAUUCUCACUUAUAGUAAGGCAGAUUAGUAUUGUAUCAUAGCAUCUGUUCUGUGUGUGCGAAUGUGAGAAAUCGUACGUGUUUAUAGAAUAUAAA